GCGUAGGAAGUUAGGAACGUUACUAUUAAAUCGGUGUCUCCAAGGAAAUAAUAUUGAUGUUUUGGAAAAUUAGGGAAAUGUAGGGAUGGGCGACCCUAUUUCUAAUGCCCGGAGAUUAGUUGAUUACGAAUAUCGCUCAAGAAUAAAACAAUGGUAAAGAGUCAGCAUCUAACACCUCCCGAAACAGGUGGCCAUGGACCAUAAAGAAUUAGGCACGACCUCAUCUGUGAGUACAAGCGUUAGUGAUGGCAGCACUAAAUUUGCCCUCAACAGCCCAACGGUACAUUCAAGCAGAAGUAAAUCAUACGAUGUGGGGUCAAACUCGUUGGGUAAAGUGGACACGACGGCCGCGCGCCCCUGCGCUAUAAUAGGCCCCGACCGAGUGCUGCCUCCCAAUCCUGACGAUACUAUGUAUUUAAAGAAGGUGCCAGGAGAAGCAUGGCCACCCCCGGAAAAUAUUUAUCGCCGUCCACCCGAUUAUCCUAGCAAAGUAUCUGACUACCAGCCUACCAGAAAUAUAUCGCCAAGACAAACAUUCCAAGAAAACAUGCAGCGGAUAAUGGUUCCACCUACGUAUAGUUCCAUGAAAAGUAGUGAUGAGUCCAGCUUAAAAAAUACUAAACUUAACAUGCCUCAAGAGGCUAAGUUCUGUGAUGUGCCUUAUAAUAUAAAUUCUGUGAACAGUGAACACAAAAGUGCUAGGAAUCCUGACAUUCCAAUGUCUAAUGUGAAUCCCUCUUAUACUAGGAAUAUGCCUCCACCCUAUGGGUGGCCUGGCAAUGUCAAUGUCCGGUCUCUGAGGCCCUAUGGUGCUCCAGAGUUUUAUCAGUACCAAGAUUUUCCCAGUUGCGCUGGUCCUAGACCAAUGACAAUGAUCCGACCACACAGGCCUCUGCAUGAAGAAAGUGCUCAAGUUUAUUCUGAACGCUUAUAUCAGGAUGCUAACAUUCGGUUUAAACCAUAUCCAACUGGAAAAGAAAAGCAACAACAACCAAGGUAUGAUUAUAUUAGUAAUUACCCUAGUACAUUCCAUCCACCUGCCUCAAUCCCACCCCAUAAAUAUGACUUGCAGAAAACAAUUCAUGGACACCCAUAUCCAGUGUAUCCCUCAGUUCCAUUUAAAUAUUUAGACAGGAGGAUACAUGAACCUUUUGUUGAUGGUUAUCACAGGGCCCACAAUCCACAAUCUAAUUUUAAUGCAUUACAUAAUCAAGUUGUGCCUCCACCUUAUGGGCCAAUACCAGGGAACUGUAUGCAAACCAAGACAUAUUCAGAUGCCUCUUCUAAGUCUAUGAAUGUUAAUAAAAUGCAAUUUGAAAACAAUAAUAAAGUUUAUCUUAACCUUGAAUCUAGAAACAAAAAUUAUCCUGUACCAGAAAAUAUUUAUUACACUGACAUGAACCAUUCUCAAGCUAUGAGAGGUGAAAUUUUAUUACCAACCCACUCAACAGUAAACAUCCAUCCAGUGCCUCAACACUCAAUUUACAGAAAAGAUAAUACUCCUUUAAAACCUUAUGAUUAUAACCCCAACUUUAGGAUGUUUGAUCAUGUAAAUCAUUCAUUGCAAAGGCUACCUUUGCAAUUUUCACCAAACACUAUAUCUUCAUCUGACUCAAAUACAAGCAAUGAGACUAUACACACUAUAGGAACAUCUCAAGAAGAUUGUGGAUAUGUGAGUCAAUCAUCCACAGCAAGCAUAAGAAGUUUAGAUUCUGCCAACAUGCCAAUAUCACAUAAUGAACUUUAUAGAAGACACACUUACAAUAACUAUGAUAUGUUUCGAAGCUCAUUUCAUCCUAAUGGUCCUAUACAAAAUUCCAAAAAUAGAAUUAGCUCUUCAAAUAAAAAGAAUCUUGAUGUCAGACAAUUCUUACAAAUGUGGAAUGAAGGUGAUGAAGAAGUCAGUGAAGCUAAUAAAGAGGCUGCAACUCAAAAUCAUACCAAAAAACUUUCUCAAAAUGAAAUUAUCAACAAUCAGGAACAACUUUAUGUGCUUGGAUCAGUUACUGUACCAUGUGAAGAGCUUGGUAAAUAUGACCAUAUUCAAAAAAUAUCAAAGUUACCAGAAAAUAUUAAAGGUUAUAACAGUUUAGAAAUUUUAAAUCAAUAUGAAGAACUCUUAGAAGCACCACAUGUUAAUAAUUUUAGCAAAUCAAGAGAGUAUAGUUCAUUUCCAAAAAGCGUGAUAGAUAAAGGAAUCAUAAGCAACUUGCCGCGUCCAGUGUCACCCUUAGAUGUGGAAGCAAAAAUAAGUCAGUCAGUUAUUCAUAAAGAAGUUGGAUGUAAUUUUGAAAUAAAACCAUGUAGUCCAGAAAUGUUAAAUGUAGAACUAGCUGCACCAGUACAAAAUAUACUUGGUGAGAGAAUGAUUGAAAAAGUUGCAAAUCCAAUUAUGACCAAGUCACCCAAUUUAAUAAGAACUGAGAAUAAAAAAUCGCAGAACACAGUUAAUGAUGAAAUCAAAGUAGCAAGUUGUAAAAUGAUGAGUGAACAAUAUUCGUCCAAAGGUUCAUUAAAGACAAGUAACUAUAGUAUGCAAGAUCUGGAAAGUAAUGCUGGCUUAUGUUUAGCUUCAUUACCGCAGCUUGAUAAUGACAUUGAACUUAAUUUUCCGGAAAUUAAUCAACAAUUUAUUAAAGCAAACCAAAUGGAAUCUAAUUUUACACCAGCUGUACAAAAUUUAUUAAAUAUAGGAUUAGACACAACACAUAAAUGUUUGUCCCAUGAAGUAAAAAACGAUUCCCAACAAAACAAUUUAUCUCGUCAAUUGGCUUCUGUGGGAGAUAAAGAAUUUUCUAAACUAAGUAAAUAUAGAAAAGGUAGAAAAAGUGAACUCACUAGCUCACGUAACAUACCGAACCAAGAUAUGAUACUCACGAAGACUGGUGAAUCAAUAAGAGUGUUACAAAGAAUAGAUAGUGUAAUAAUAAAAAAUCCAGAUACUAUGAAGUCACAUUAUAAUGACUCUUUGAAAAUAAGUAGUGAUUCGAACAGUGAUAUUAAAUAUCAAGAAGAUGCGAAGCAAUCGUAUUCUUAUUUAAAAUAUGAAAAAAAUGAUGAAAAACGUGAUUUAUCUACUGAAACUGCAAUCGAUUUUAGCCUAAGCAGAUCUGAAGAUGAAACAGCUGUAAGGUAUUUAAAUUCAAUUGAUGGAAAUCAAAACUUACCGCAGCUCGAAGGAUUUGACGAAGCAGAAUUAAAUGUAGAGAAUCAUAUAUCUUGCGGUAGUAAACUACAGAAUGCGCCAACAAACAAUAAUAGUAUUCCUUGUGCAGAAGUCCUUACUGGAUCUCAAAGUGAAAAUUCACCAUUUAAAAUAACUGAUGAAUAUGAAAAUGAUAAGCAAAAUACAAGCCAAGAAAUUACUGAAAACCAAUAUGAUGGACUCAUAAAAGUGCCAGAGAAGUCACCGAAAGUUAAUGAAGAAAAUGAGGAAUAUAAUGUAUUAGUCAUAAAGAAAUUGACCACACCUGAACGGGAAAUACCUGAAAAAGUUACAAGUUCCGAGAAUACAAAAACUAUAGAAUCGUCUUUUCCUAGCAUUACAAAUAUCAACAGUGAAUGCCAGGAAUCAAAAGAAGAAUAUUUGUAUCAAAAUUCAAUAGAUAGAAUACACUCAAAUCAAAAAAUGUAUGUUGAAAAAGAUAAACCUGAAUCGGAUAAUGAAAGCAAAAGAGCUGGUAUAUUCAGGUCUGUAAAUUCUGAUACGGAUUAUGGAGAACAAUAUAAUCGUGACGAAUUUGAGAAAGGAAAACAAAAUGAAAUCAUUUCUGGUGGUGAUGAUAUGGUGCUUGAAAUGUCAUUUGAUGCGAAAUCUUGCGAUGCUUAUUUUGAAAAUAAUUAUAGUAUGGAUGUUACACAGAAACAAGAUAUACAAGAUGUUUUAAAGGAUAUAUCUAGCCAGGAUAUUGUAAAUUUGAACAACGAAAGUGGCAUGUCAUACCACACGGCUAAAAGUAACAUCACUGAAGAUUCUGAGGCUAACUCAGACAAUUCCCAAAAAAAUAAUGAAGAGAUGACAGAAAAUAAAUCAAAUGUUUUGCUUGUUAGUGAAACUUAUAAAAAAAUUGGUGUAGUUUUAGAAAAAAAUUACAUAACUGACAUUGACCAAUCAGUCACCAGUGUACCCAAGGCAAUUGAUAUUAAAAAUGAAUUAACUGAGGAAGAGUUAGCCACAGUAGUAAGUCAACAAGACCCUGAAACAAAAAUGAUGAAUACAUCUGAUAAUAUGUCUAGUACCUCGUUAGAAAUUGACUACGUUAAAAAUGAACCAAAUCUCACAAUUACAGCAAGAUGUGACCCAGAAUCUAUGUUUAACUUAUCUGAAGUAAUACCAAAUCAAGACAGUGAAAUAAAAAUUGGUAUAUCUGCGUUGGAAUGUUUAUCUGAUAAUAGUGUUAUAAAUAAAUGUAAUGAAACAGUUUUUCCUGCUAUAACGUGUUUAGUGACACUAGACUCUAAACAUGAGUCGGCUCAGAUUGGCUGUGGGACAAAACUGGAUACACCUACAGCUGAAAGUUUACCUAAUGAAUCUGUUUUCAGAACGUGUGAUCUUAAAAAUGAAACACAUUUUCUUAUAGAUGAGACGGAAAAUAUAAAGAAAUCUUUUGUUGAACUUUUAGAACCUAAAGGAGAAAUAUCUGCAACAAUACGAGAAAAAAAUCACGAAAUAGACAUGGAUGUCGAUGAGUCUGAGUGUUUAUCUGGUAAAACUGAAAUACAUGCUAUUAAGGCAAAGAUAUCGGGUGAAAUACCUGACGAAAUAAUUGCUGAAUAUAGGCAUGAAACGGAUAAAGACAGAUAUCCCAAUAGAAAUUUACAUACAAAUUUAGAUCCAGUAAUACCCGAUUGCUUAUGUGAUAAAUAUUGCAUAGAAUCUAUUACCGUUGAAGACUCUUGUUUAAUAAACAAAAAUAUAAAUUCUUUUGAAAAUCAUUCUGAUAACAAUGCAGAACUUAAGAAUGAAACAGACAUUAAUACAGUUGAAUCUAAAUUUUUAUCUGAUAUAGCUGACGUUAAUGCUAUUGAACCCGUUAAGAAUUCUUUUCCUUCAAAUAACAAAAUAAUUGGCGAAAAUUUAACAGUUAAUAUUAAGGAGUAUAGUCAAGGAAUAGAGUUGGAUGGUAAUAUACAGACGGAUUUUGAAGCGAAUGUAGCUAUAACGGAUUCAGAGUGUUUAUCCGACCCUAUAAAAAAUCUAGAACCAUUUUUUAGCCUUAGUAAUGAACAUACUCAAGAAAGUUCUACUGUUAAAACAACGGAAUUAAAUAAAAUGAUAGAGCGACAAGAUAAUAAUAUCGACAAAGAAUUGGAAUUGGAUAAACAUAGCUCAAAUGUUGGACCAGAUAUGGACAAUUGUUUCAAAUACAAGGAUAGUCAUUCUGUGAUUAAGGAUGAAACCAAAUCGUUGACCAUAAAAAAUGAAGUAAUUACACAGUCUUGUAAAACCUAUGUAAAUUCAUACGCGACCCAACAUAAUUUAGACUAUGUACACAAUGAGCGAACGUAUUGUAAAAAAGAACUUUUCUCUCCUUGGUUUCAGAAACUUUUAAUGUUUACUGAAGGAGUUUGCGAAUCAAUUAAAAACAAAAAUUUUAAUCAAGAAGAUAAUUUUGACAAAGAUAAAAUUGAUUACUUAUUCCAUCAAAACGAUAAAGUAGUUAUGCCACAAAAUGAUAUUGAAGAAUUUAAGUUACGCUAUGAAUUGAAUGCUAUAAAUAAAGAAGCGGACUUGUCAAAUAACCAUGACAGGUUUGUUACAAAUAAAGUUUCGCCGCAUGAGUGUCACGAAAAUCAAGAUAUUUUACACGAUAGUGAUAAUAUAAAUGACAAAUUUAAAAAUAUUAAAAACGAUUUUUACAAAAUUCCUCCAGUUUUAAAUGAUACCGCUAUUGUUAAACCGCGAAAAAUUUCUAAAAGAUCGUUAUCUGAAUCAGCUUUAGAAUCAUAUAAGGAUAAUGACGAUAUAAAUUUGGUGCAAGCUUGCAAGCGGAAGAAGUAUAUGAUCGGAGAGCAAAGCAUUUUAGAUUCUCAUAUUAUAGGCGAAGAUAUUUGCAAUAUCUUUCAAACUAAUCGAAGAAAUUCCAUAUCUACAUUUUAUAACGAAGAUAAUGUUUAUAUUGUCAUAGAAAAUGAUUUAAUUUUAGCCGAGGAACAUGAUGAUCGAGAUAAAAUUUGUUUUACUGAAAGUACUGAAGAGUUUCUAACAAGUAUAGAGUCAAUAAACUGCGAAAUAAAUCUUAAUUUAGGAAAUGAUUCAAUCACAGAUGAGCCAAAUCAAAUUUGUGAAUACUCUAAUACGUUUCAACAUAUUGAAGAAAGGUCUAUUGAAGAUUCGUGGGUUGAGGAUGUUGCCUGCAUAGAGACAGUGUUUAGUGAAGAUGUUGCUGAGAAUAUUAUUAUUGAUGUCCAGCCAUCGCCAAAAAAAGUAAAAUUUUCAGAUCCGAAAAUUAUUGAUGAAGAAUCCACCGUGUUCUUUGAUAGUGAUCAUCAUAUAGACAAAAUCAAAAGUAUUUACGGCCACAGUAUGUGUAAUGAUAAUAGCGAAUUGAUCGAAACUUUGUAUAGGACACCACAGAUGAAUGUUAAUAAAACGCUUUACCAUAUUGAAUCUCAAGAUCCAAAAGAAUGUAUUGAUGCUAUUAUUGAGAAUUGUAUAGAACCAUGCAAAGCUCAUGAUAAUGACACUGGCAUUUCCGAAACCGGAAAAUCUUCUUACGAAGUCGUUGGUAAUAAAGAAAAUAUGUCAGAAAAUGUAUCCCUUAACUCUAAACAAUGUAAUCAAAACCUAAUUCACAAUAAGGAAUGCAAUUUCAAAGAAUUUUGUACUGAAGAACAAGAAGAUAAACUAAAAAUUCAUUCAUCUAAACCUAAUAAUGAUCAAUUAAUGUUAAAUUUUCAAAAGGAAAAUUUAAUUUAUUCUUGUUCUAGUUCUCCUGAAGUGUCUUCAACAACUUCAGAAGAAAAGAAUUCUAUCUUAUUAAAAAUAACAAACUGUAAUGGUUCUAGGGUUUCACAAAUAAAUGAGGUCAGUACUGAUUCGCAAAACAAAUUAAGUUAUAAGCUAACUGAAAAAGGGGAGUAUCGAAAAUACAGUUCAAAUUUUUCAUCUCGAACAUUGAUUACAAAAGCAGCUCAAAAAUACAUUCCACCCUUAAAAGAAACAACUUAUGAUCUCAAAGUUAAACUGCCUUUACCUCAGCAUCGUCUUCAUACAUUAAAACAACUUAAGAUAGCCAAAGUAAAACCAAAGGUAGCCCUUUCAAAUAUCUGUACUGUCAAAAAACUAAAUCACGAUAAAAAUAAAAAACAAAAACCAAAAUUUGAAGACGUUCUUAAGAGUAUUGAUGAAAUUAAUUUUAAAAAGCAUAGAGAUAUCAACAAAAAAGGAAAAACUUCGAUCCCUAAAGUAAUAAUCAAGAAAAACGAAAAUGGGGCCCACUAUGCUAGUAGUAAAACUACAAAUACUAAAGAAACCUAUAACCCUGAUUUAACAGGUCGCAAAUGGCAACCAUGGGUUUUUCUUGAGAAAAAUAACUUUGUUGAUAGAAUGGCACUUCAAAAUAAGGCAAAGGCUGUUUUUUGUCAUAGAAAAAACAAUUAUGUUCUCUUAGAGAAAUUUCGUAAAUAUAAAUCAGUUUAUAAUGCUAAUUUUGUUAUAUCUCAACCAAAGUCAGAUACAAAAGGUAAUUUAAAAUACACUAUCAGAUUAAAAAAUAUUAAUUAGAUAGGUACAUAUAACUAUUGUAUUUGUAUUUCAGUUCUUUGUUUACCUACAUUAUAAAAGAUCGUUAUCAUGUUCCUAUCUACACAUCCCACCACAAAAUGGUCUCAUCCCUUGUCUAUUGCAUUCCUCCGAGUCUUCAAAUAGGGCUAAUCUGAUGAUCUAUUAAUAUUAGGUAAUAGCAAUUGACACUAUUUAUAUUGUGUCUUCAGCCUUAAGAGUAGACCUUUCAUAUACACAAAUUAGCUAAUAAAAUAUUUAGCUAGUAUAUAGUUACCUUAUUAAGUUCACUAUCAAAAAAAUAUAUUUAUAUAUUAGAUAAUAACUUUACCAAAAUGAAUUCAAAGUGUGAUGUAAAGAAAUCAAAGAAAUAUUGUUUAAAGUAGGAUGCACUGUCCAUAUUAUAAUUAAUAUUUAU